AUGGGCCGUUCUCCAAACAAACUCGAUCGCACCAUCUACUCGGGACUCGAACCAUUCGCAGGGUCGAAGACCUACUACGACAUCCCAGCACUGGAGCUUGCGGAUCCAGCACCACCACUGCAUAUCUCUGUCCCUGCCGAAGCUCGGCCAGAGCCAAGAGUGAGAGCAAUGGACGUCUACGGCACGGGCAAUGAGCCCUGGUUCUUCACCACCGAAGCCGAUACCGGCGCCUUCAGCGUCGAAUCCGUGACUGGCCCCGGUGCACUCGCUACGCGAGGUUCGCGAGAUUUUAUCGCAAGGACCGUCCUGGAGCGCUGGUUGAGAUUACGGCAAAGGGGUCGAUGGAGGAGCUAG